AUGGCGGAGGGCGGCCCCCCCGGCGGCGGGGACCCGCCCGCCGCCUCAGGUCGUAACCUGAAGGAGUGGCUGCGGGAGCAGUUCUGCGACCACCCCAUCGAGCACUGCGAGGACACCCGCCUGCACGACGCGGCCUACGUGGGGGACCUGCCCACCCUCAAGAGCUUGCUGCAAGAGGAGAGCUUCCAAAGCCGGAUCAACGAGAAGUCCGUGUGGUGCUGUGGCUGGCUGCCCUGCACACCGCUGCGCAUCGCUGCCACUGCCGGCCACGGCCCCUGCGUUGACUUCCUCCUCCGCAAAGGGGCUGAGAUCGACCUGGUGGAUGUGAAGGGGCAGACCGCCCUCUAUGUGGCCGUGGUCAACGGGCACCUCGAGUGUGCCAAGAUCCUCCUGGAAGCUGGGGCUGACCCCAACGGCAGCCGGCACCACCGCAGCACCCCUGUCUACCAUGCGGCGCGUGUGGGCCGGGCAGACAUCCUCCGGGAGCUGAUCAGGUAUGGCGCAGACGUGGAUGUGAAUCACCACCUCGCUUCCCGGGUCCCCAGUCUCUCUCUGCGGCCCCUCACCACGCUGGUGGUCUGCCCGCUGUACAUCAGCGCUGCCUACCACAACCUCCAGUGCUUCCGGCUGCUGCUCCAGGCUGGAGCCAACCCAGAUUUUAACUGCUGCGGGCCCAUCAACAUCCAAGGCUUCUCCCGGGGCUCCCCGGUCUGUGUGAUGGAUGCUGUCUUGCGGCAUGGCUGUGAGGCGGCGUUCGUCCACCUCUUGAUUGACUUUGGAGCCGAUCUGAACCUGGUGAAAGUGGAGGCCUUGGGAGUUGAAUCCAUGGGAAGGGUCAAAGUCAACCCUGAGGCUCUGCAGGUGUUCAGAGAAGCAAGGGGCCGCACCCGGAGCCUCUUGUCUCUCUGCCGCAUAGCUGUACGAAGAAUACUUGGCAAAUCUCGUCUGGAUCUGAUCCAUAUCCUUCCAAUCCCAGACCCCAUUAAACAAUUUUUACUUCACGAACACAGUUAAAGGGCAACUGGCUGCUUUCCGGGACAGUUUGAUUUGGUAAAUGAGUGCGCUGAUAAAGCCAGGUGCCAGUCCUAUCCCUUCCCCCGCAG